GCUGCGAGUGAAAGCACUCCUGCCAUCCCAUUGAUGAUGUCGAGCAUGGGGACAACCUUUGCUCCGAUCACCACUGUAGGAUCGAUUGGCAUGAUCCCAAUCAUGUCAACCCCUACUCCUACGCCAACGACAACAAUGUUCCCAGGCUCGAUAACAACGCCUGGUGGAGCAUUCACACCAUACCCGUCAGCUUGGGCUCAGCUUGCUGCUGACCCGGCAAAUGCUCAGGCUCUACAGGGCUAUCAACAGGUGAUGGCCAUGAUGCAACAGGCAGGUGGCUUCAUGCCAUUUGCCUAUCCCGGCAUGACGCCACCAAUCAUGCCACCUCCGGUGUCGACCCUGUCGACAUUUGUCCCUAGGAUGGUCCCUAUACAUCCAGUGAAUCUGACGGGGACCAUGAAUGAAGCAGCACCCUCAAAUGUCCAUGAGGUCGAUGAGGCGGAGCAAGAGGCGGCCCGCAGGAGGAAGGGUAAGGCUAUAGCCAAACCCAGCAAGACCCGAGAUUCGGCUUUCAAACGCCUAGGGGACAAAGAGGAUGGACCCCGCAAGUCUGCCAAGCUACGUCUUGGUCCUGAGAUGGGCCGGACUAGCGCGAUGGAAAGACUUGGCGGGAGUCGUCACGCCCAAUCUCGUCGUUCUAGGGAAUCUGAGACGAUUCGCCAAGACGAGGAGGAAGCAGAAAGCCAGCCCAGGGCGUCGGCAUAUACCAGGCUCUCAUAUGAUGAGGAUGAUCUGGACAAGAUAGGAAACGUAGCAAGAAAGCUACGUGCCCUGGAAGAAAAGGUGGACGAGAAGGCGGGAGCAAAGAAGCACACCCUGGCCAAAUCACCCUUUUCGGCCAGGGUACAUGCACAAAAAUUGAGGCGUAAGGUCAAGCUGGACGUGGAAAAAUUCACUGGAAAGGAGGAUCCAAACGUCCACCUUGACACCUUCCACAAUGCAGCACAG